GCGAGAGGAAGCUUUUUGGAAUUGACUGGUGUCCGGGUCCCGCUCCCCUGUAACUGCGCUCGGCUGUCUCCGCCUCCCUGCUCCUGUAACCUGCUGCAAUCCCCCGUGCAACAUUGAGCACAGUCCUUCGCAUCACACCAGUCCGAGCGGGUAAAAAUAGCCCCAGAUCCCAGCCCGGACGCUGGGACCAGGCGGAUCCAGCUUCUCGUCAGCCGGUCGGCGUUAGAAACCAGUCCUCUCGCCCGUGGCGGAGAUCCGUUGGGUCACUCAGCCGCCGAGAAGCUCACCUUGCGCAGAGAGAGAGGGAGGGGGAGAGUCCUCGACCCAGCCCCGGUGGAGAUGCCGGCCUCCCUGCUGCUCCUGGGCACCGCGGCUCUGCUGUCCGCCGCCAGCGCCGCCCCUCUGAGCCCGUGUGCCGGCCGGCCCUGCCUCAACAAUGGCACUUGUCUAACUUUCCAAGGGCAGGCGACGUCCUACAACUGCUCCUGCAGCCCCGGUUUCGCGGGUCAGCACUGCCAGGAUCGAAUAGAUGAAUGUGCAAGCAAUCCCUGUCACCAUGGCAACUGCAGCAGCCACAUUGAUGGCUAUGUUUGUAUUUGUGAAGAAGGCUAUCAAGGUGAAAACUGUGACCAGCCUCCACAAAGCACUCCUGCCCCUGUCUGGACAGAGUCCACGCUGUCAUGGCAACCUGAGCCAGCCUCAACAUCUAUGGUUCCCAACACGACCUCAUCUCCGUCCUCAUGGCAAACAACUACUUUGUCCUCUUGGCAGCCAGCACCAGGGCAUAAUGUCGCAAACCUAACUUGGGACAUCGGAGAGAUCAUCAAUGCUUCAAAUUUUCUCUGUGGGAACAAAAGCUCCAAUGAAUCAAUUUAUAGUCAGCCAUCUAUUCUUGAAAUACCUGAAGAGACUGCAGUAAGAAUUAAACUGAAUGGGAUUGAUGCAUCUGUUGGAUUUUGGGAAGUCACAGAAGCUGAAUUCCAACAAUGCUCUGUUUCAAAUGGAAAAAAUAUCUUGCCGUUGCACACCGUGGAUGGAUAUGUUCUUUCAGAGGAGAUGGUGUUUAUGGGCAACAACUACUUUAUUGUCCUUGUGAAUGAUUCAGCCACUAAAACAAUGACAGCCCUGAAGUUGAAUGUGACAGUUAAAGCCAGUAUCUGCAUGGAACAAAAGGGCAACCAGGAUGGCCUCCAGUGCUCUGGAAGAGGACAGUGUAUCACCAAACCUUCUGAGGUCACCUUCUUUUGCAAAUGUGAGGAGGGACACAUUGGGCUAUUCUGUGAAGAAUUUGAUGGCUGUCAUAACAUCCAGUGCCUAAGCAAUGGAACAUGUUUGGACAUUAAAGAGGGAAACGACCUGAGGAACUUCACCUGUGUCUGCCCACCAGGUUACACAGGAGAACUGUGCCAGACUCAGAUAGAUCAUUGUGUCUCUGAGCCCUGUGAAAAUGGAGCCACCUGCAUAAGCCGAGCAACAGACUUCAGCUGCCUGUGUCCAGAAGGUUUUACAGGCCCCACAUGUGAUCAGAAGAUAGACCCUUGUGCCUUGUCACCUUGCCAGAACAAUGGGACCUGCUUUGCAGACGGCACAUCAUAUAGUUGUAACUGCAGUCCAGCCUACACUGGGCCAGUUUGUGCUCAGCUAAUUGACUUCUGUGCCCUUAAUCCCUGCUCCCAUGGCAUCUGCCGCAGUGUUGGAACCAGUUACAAAUGCCUCUGUGCCCCAGGUUACCAUGGUCUGUAUUGUGAGGAGGAAUAUAAUGAAUGCCUUUCAGCACCUUGUCAGAACUCAGGCACCUGCAGAGACUUGGUGAAUGGAUAUGAAUGCCUCUGUCCCGCUGAGUAUGAAGGUAUACACUGCGACCUGUACAAGGAUCCUUGCGCUAAUGUCAGCUGUCAGAAUGGAGGCACCUGCAUCAACAAGGAACUAAAUGCUACCUGCAUUUGUGUGCCUGGAUUUUCAGGCGAAGUAUGUGAGGCUGAUGUAAACGAGUGUGAGAGCAAUCCUUGCCAUAACGAAGGGACGUGUGUGGACCAAGUAAAUGGCUACAGUUGCCACUGCCCACAUGGCUGGGUUGGAAUUAACUGUGAUGUCCACCUGGAAUGGAAAUCUGAUCAGAUGGCAGAGAGUCUGAAUAACAUGCCUCGCCACUCCCUCUACAUUAUCAUUGGAGCCCUCUGUGUGGCUUUUGUUCUGAUGCUGAUCAUUUUAAUUGUGGGGAUCUGUCGCAUCAGCCGCAUUGAGUACCAGGGCUCUUCCAGACCAUCUUAUGAAGAGUUCUACAACUGCAGGAGCAUUGACAGUGAAUUCAGCAGUGCAAUAGCUUCAAUCCGACAUGCCAGGUUUGGUAAGAAGGCCAGACCAGCAAUGUAUGAUGCAACCACUGUGGCCUAUGAAGAUUACAGCCCUGAUGAUAAACCACUGGUCACUUUAAUUAAAACAAAAGAUUUGUAAAGCACAGCUCAACUUUUAUGGGUAUAAAAAGGGAAGAAAAAGUACUAACUCAGACUGAUUUGCACACACACAAACACAUACACACACACACACACACGCUAAAUAUUUUUAAGAUAAAAAACAGCUGAAGUAUUUAAGAGAUUUGCUUAAUGAGCUAAAUGGUUGUUUUCUAGCAGUUUAUCAUUUAAAAAUAGGUUUAUGCAAAAUAUUUGAAUUGGAAGUGUUUGUGUUUCUAAACUACUCGCUAUGUUAAUGAAAUAUAUUUUCAAUGUGGCCACUGAUCUUAAAAAUAUUUAUCUUAUUAGAUUGUGAAAUAUUCACAGAAAUCAUAAGAGCUCCAAGGUAAACAAUCUGAUUGUUAGUAUAUUUGUGUUUUCCUGUCUCUGUGAACCAAUAAUGCACCAUAGUUGGUAGGAAUUUAGAUUUGUUUCUAAACUCAUUUUAUUGGGAGAGUGGGGCAUGCAGAGGCUUGCAACACUAUCUUUUUAACUCUAAAACUUGAGAAUGAACUAUGCCCAAAACACUGGGAUUAAUCACUCCUCCGUGUGAAUACUGAGAUGGUCUAAAGUGGACCUGCCAGUGUCCAAAAUACAAAGACUGGAAAUUGUUGUAAAAUUGAUAGUCUCAUUCAGAGAGGCUGGAAGAGUAGCCAAUGAAGAAAUGGCACAAUUUUGCAAAGUUCUCCUAAAUUACUUUACACUAGACAGAUAUCUCAGUGGACCCAAGAAUUAAUUCAUGUGAAUGUAAAAAAAAGGAAACAUUGUAAUCCUCAUUUAUUCAGCAUUCUGUUAGACUCAGUACCACUUUCUUUGCAGCUUUCCUAACCAACAUUCUUUCUCAAGUUACUUUAAGAAAAGAAAGAAAUGAAGAGAAAAGAAUUCAAAUUAAUGCUAAUCCUUUGAAAGUAUUUGACAGUUAAAUACAGUUUCUGAUGCUGAAAAACUCCGUUAACUCAUAAUUAUCAGAAUCGGCUUGAUUGUAUUUUGCUGAAUGCUUACUUUCUUCAAUACUGUGGUACUCUUUUUAGUAAACUUUACUUAAAGAGCAAGUCUCAUCAUCAGAAUCUUCUUGAAAAUUCAGUUACAAAUAUUUAUCAUUAAAUAUUUGCUUCUGUUGAGAUUUUCAGUCAAAAAGCUCUUUAAAAAUGGCUCAUUAACAAUGGAACAUACUUAGAUGAGUUAGUGACCUUGACAAGUGAAGCAAGUUGAACCAAUAGCUAUAGCAUGAGUGACGUUAGUGUAGCUCUUAUUAUACAAUUAAGUCCAACCAUAUCCCCACCAACAAAACAAUACACUGCAGAUCGACAAAAAUAUUCUCCAAUGAUCAACAUGUGCAAACUAGAUUAAACAGAAGGAUAUUAACGGGACAGUUUUGGAUUAUUGUGAAGCUUUUACUGGAGAUCUAGCAAACCGACAAAGAACUGGUCCAACAGUUGCACUCUCACAUUGCUAUACAGGAAAGAAAGAUGCUAUCAGUCUCUGAACCUUUGCAAUAAUAUGUGCACCUGAUUAUUUUAUAAAUUUAUAAAUUAAUCUAAUGAUGUUCAAUUUUCACUUUCUACUUCCUUAUAACUAAACAGCAAAGGUGCCUGAAAAAUAAUUCAAUCCUUUAAUAUUAAUGGGAACUUAACUGCUUUUUAAAAAGAGGCAAGGAUGUUGAGAAACUCACUCUUUAGUUGCCUAGAGUUUAGUACUGCGUAUUGUAAUGAAACCAGAAGCAGUCUGUGAAAUGUGAAACUGCUGUGCAUCCCUAUUAAAGCUGCAAUGAGGUUUAAGAAGUGAUAAUAUACACUUCAAGCAAAAUAAUUUUGUUUUUUGCAAGUUGAAGACUUUGGUAUAAGCUUCCGUUUUUCCUGCUGUUGUACUAACUGUGCUCUUUUUGUCGUUUUUUGCUCUUUUGUAGCUCGUAUUUUUUUGUGGUGGAGGAAGCAGGGUUGUUCAUUGGUGUGUUGACCUGUAAUGUGUGUCUUGAAUUUCCAAUUGCUCAUGCUGAACAAAGCCUGUUUCUGACUGAAGUAGACUGAUGUUUGAUUUGCUCCAUUAAAUCCAUGCAUCAAAGCUGUAUGUUUAAUGAAACAAUAAAGCUCUUACACAAAACAA